CGUCCUCGUCUAGUUUGUGGCUAUAGUAAUCUUUGCGCGCUUGACUAUUGUCAUCAGCGCUCAUCAGUGAUGUCGCUGUAAUCCUUUAAGAGGAUUUCAUUUUGUCUCCAAGCUGGAUGCCGUAGGCAGACACGCUGGUGAUCGUGGUAGACGGACGCUUUGAACCAACGACGAAGAACCAAGAAGAACUAAAGAAUACGAAAGCCAAAAAAAGACGCGAUCGACGAGAAGCUUCCGUUUGUGAUGAGCUCGUGCGGGAGUUUGACGCGCGUGCCGCAGGGGAGUCUCACCACGUGAAGCAUGCUGCCGGGUGGUGCGUUCAGGGCCCUGUGGAUGUUGCUCGUCGCCGUGGCGUCCGCUCAGCCUGUGGCUCCACCCACCAACGUGACGGUCACCUGUCGCAAUGCGCUGGCCAGCGUCAACUGGGAUUACGGCGGCGACGAGGCGCCCACCAGCUUCCAGGUGUACGUGGGAAGCUCCGACAGACGCCACCUGGAGGACGUAACGGCAGAGCACAAGUACGACAACGUGAGCGCCCUGGUGUGGGACUCGCUGGAGAGCGUCAUGGACGUCCAUUACGUCACGCUGACGGCGGCGCGGGGCCGACGUUUCUCCGCCAACGUGUCCAAGACGUUUACCUUCAACCACUUGAAGAUGGCCGACGUGACGUGCCAGUUGGACUUCCCUCCCGUGCACGUAAGGGCGGACGACUCGGGGACAGUCGUGACCUUCCCGAAUCCGCUGCGUUAUUACCCGGAACUGAGACAGGCCACCAGGAUGUCGGCUGUCAGUUUGGACUUCAGCGUGUCCCCGCAUGGCUCUCAGGGGGACGUCCGAGGUUCCUGUCAAAUUGAACAGAAGACGUGCAGAGUAGAUAUGUUGUUCCCAGACGGAGCGGACCAUUGCGUCACGCUGACGGGCGCCAUGAGCGACCGGGCCGGACGCUAUGUUGCGUUCCAGAAGACGGAACCCGUGUGUGUGGACGAGUCUGCUUUAGAGCCAAUGAUGCUGGCUCUCCUGCUGACGUUCUUAUUCAUCAUCAUCACCGGGUUGGCCCUCGCCAUCUGGAAGCUGAGGGCGUGGACCAUGAAGAUCAACAAAGAUGAGCUUCCAAAAAGCCUGCGAUCAGGCCGCAUUUUGUCGAAAGGCGAGUGCAACAUGGACGCCGACUGCAGGGUGGAAAUGGUCUCUGGUGUGGAAGACGUCCGGUUGAUCUCCCGGUGUGGUGAGGACUCCUCAUGCGAGUCUACGGCAACGGAAAGCAUUCCCAUCCAUCCAGAGGAGGAGGAGCAGGAGGUGGAGGAGGUGGAGGAGGAGGAGGAAGGGGAGUCUGCUUAUGAUUGCACGCAUGUGGAGGUGCAAGUGGACCUGGGUGAUGGAGCCACAGCUUGGGGUUACACCGAGAGGUAGAAGACAGACCUCCAUCGUGUGGAACUUGAGAUGGACAAGCUGUCAGUUCGAUGGACGUCCCAAGACUUUUGUCUUCUGAUGAGCCACGCCUCUCCCCUUUAAGGAAUGUACCGUGAUUCAGCAUCACGCCUACGUGACGCCGUUGCUACGGUGACCCACCGACUGGAAAAACGGGUUCCCUCAGCAGGAGAUUGUUAGUUCGUGUUACUGAAAUAAACAUUUUUAUUUGCGUG